GGACUCAAUGACUUGGAGGGUGACCGUCAUGAGUUACGCAAUGGUGACCAUCAGACCUGAUCCAUGAGUCUCAAUGCAGCACAAGCAUUGCUUGUGCGGACGUCACGAUAAAAUCAAGUGGACCCAUGGGCCGGGACAAUUGGGCAAUUGAAUAUCGCCCAGCAGGAGCGAGGGAUGUUUUAAUGUAAUGCAGGUACAAGAAGGUAUUUCUUACACAGUACAGCUCUAAUCUCAGCAAGGGUCCUAGAGGGACUACAGAUUGCUUGACGCUCGAGUCUGCAGCAGAACUUGACCCUCUCGUAUCGCAUAAUCCCCUUCCAAACAAACACACAACGCCGUCGUCAAAGUCAUACGAUCUUGAUCAUUUUCUAUUGCCGGCCUUGGGCUGCUACCUCUUGCCCGGAGUCGCGUUUUCUCCCUCCUGCCAGAGAAUUUGACAUGUCUGGAUUCUGGAAUUGAAAUCAAGAAUUCACUGGCUAAUCUUUGCCCGAGCUUUUGAGAGUGGUAUAUUCAGCAAUAGGGGCAGUCGAUACAUGCCAUUCUGUUUCUUGUUUGUUCUUGACCUCCGAGCGUCGUCUGCUCCAAAAACCCGUGUUUUGAUAGCAAAGAGUCGGAAACAUUCAGACAGGACAGGUUCAGAUAAAUUCGAGUGAGGGAUGGAGAAUGGAGAAGAUCCGCCGUUUGAACCCACAUGGGAGUCGCUGGCACAUUACAAGAUCCCAGAGUGGUACCAGAGGGACAAGUUCGGCAUCUUCAUCCAUUGGGGGGUUUACUCGGUACCCGCGUUCGGCAACGAAUGGUACCCGCGCAACAUGUACAUAAAAAACUCUGCGGAGUACAAACACCACAUCGAGACGUAUGGCCCUCACACCAAAUUCGGCUACAAAGACUUCAUCCCGCAGCUGACAGCUUCCAAUUUCGAUCCGCUUGCAUGGGCCGAUCUAUUCCGAGACGCAGGCGCUCGCUUCGUCGUUCCCGUGGGCGAGCACCACGACGGCUUCGCCAUGUACGAUUCGUCGGUGUCCAGAUGGUCCGCAACCAAGAUGGGCCCGCGACGAGACGUGAUCGGCGACCUGGCCUCCGCUGUGAGAGAUCGCGGAUUGGUGUUCGGCGUCUCGUGCCACCGAGCCGAGCACUGGUGGUUCUUCAACGGAGGCAAAAGCUUCCCUUCCGACGUCCAAGACCCGAGGUACCGAGACCUCUACGGGCCAGCGAUGCCCGACACUCUGCAACCGGACGCCACAUUCUUGGAGGAUUGGCUCACGAGGUGCUGCGACCUCGUGGACAAGUACAAACCGCAAGUGUUCUACUUCGACUGGUGGAUCGAGCAGCCCGCAUUCAAGCCAUACCUGCAACGAUUCGCAGCAUAUUACUACAAUCGAGCUGCGGAGUGGAAGAAAGGCGUGGUCAUCAAUUACAAAUUCGAAGCAUAUCCCGAGGGCUGCGCUGUGCUCGACAUGGAGCGAUCUCACCUCGAUCGAAUCCGGCCUCUGUUUUGGCAGACCGACACUUCGGUGUCGCGGAACUCGUGGGGCUACGUCGAGAAGCAGGACUACAAACAAUGCAAGGACGUGAUCUGCGACCUGCUGGACGUCGUGAGCAAGAACGGCGCGCUGCUGCUGAACAUCGGGCCCAAGCCGGACGGAACCAUCCCGCAGGAGGAGCAGGAGUUGCUGCGGCAGGUGGGAGCGUGGUUGAAGAAAUACGGCAGUGCCAUCUACGGGACGCGGCCGUGGAAGGUUUUCGGCGAAGGCCCCACGGAUACGUCCGGAGGCUCCGAUGAGCGGCACGACCCCUUCACCUGCCAGGAUAUCCGGUUCACCGUCGGCGCAGAAGGCGCCCUGUACGCGACGGCUAUGGCCUGGCCCGACGACCUCAAACUCACUGUCUGCUCCGUCGGGAGUAACCUCCGCCUCUUCGGCGGAAAGGUGGAGAGCGUGACUCUGCUCGGACACGAAAACCUGACAUUGAAGUGGACCUGUGACGGCGCAGGAUUACAUGUUACUCUGCCUACAGUUCCUCCCCUGAACGGGGCUAUGACUUGCACUUUGAAGAUUGUAGGGGACGUCAAGUCCGGCUUGAACCCCGUCGGGCCACCUGACCAUGGCCUCGGAAUCAAGUCCUCGUUGUGAGCUUCUGUGAGUCCACUUCACGUAGAUGGACACGUGAUGUAUCUUUAGUCCAUGCCUGGAGACCUUGCUGUGAAAUUCUCUUUAGAAAAAACUGACCAGGUAUUUUUCAGUGUGAGCUGAUCUUACUCAAAGAUAAAGUAGAUCCAUUUCGCGCAUGCAGUGAGAGUUCCUUGUAAAUACGAAGACAGAAAGGUGCCACCGGACGAUGUAAUUUGCCAAAGUUAAACAACAACUACUCGUUGAAAUGG